AUGGAAUCCACAGACAAGCGGAAGUUUGACGAGACUACAGAUGAUUCUCAACCUGGAUCGGUCGCGAAGCAGCGGAAGGUAAUCGGACCUUCUCUCCCGCCACCUCAGGAGGCCGACGCGGCGAGUGAAACUAGCAGAGAUGAUGAUGAUGACGACGACGAUGAUUUCGGUCCAAGCCUUCCUCCCUCCGGUCCAGUGAGCUCUGUGCGACAAGAGUCCACGGCUCCUGAUAUAUCUAAAUCGGCGGAAAAGGAAAAGGAAAACCAGCGAGAUCAAUGGAUGCUGCAACCUCCUUCCCAUUCCGACUGGUCUUCUAAGGUCGACCCUACACAACUACGAAGUCGCAAGUUCAAUACAGGCAAAUCAGCCACGGCAUCUAAGGAUCUAGAUUCCUCGUGGGUUGAGACUCCAGAGGAGCGAAUGAGGCGACUACAGGAUGCAGUCAUGGGCGUUGCUGCUUCAAAAAAACAGCCCGGGGACUACAAAGGUCCUUCAAACGCAAAGAUGAUGGAGGAUCAAAUCAAGAAAUACAAGGAGAUGACCGGGAAGACCACUCGCCUAGAAACCCAAGCUCAGGCACCGGAAGAAGAGGAUGAUCCAAGUGCGCGCGCAUUUGACCGAGAGAAGGAUAUGGCAGUUGCUUCGAAGAUAUCCAGCGCGCAGCGCCGGGAGAUGGUCAAGAAGGCAGCAGAUUACAACACACGUUUUACAAAGGGCAGCUUCUUAUAG